UUCUGCGUCCUCCCGAUGUAUCAAACACCCGAAUACAUCACCGUAGAGGUCUCAGACCCAAGAAUCGUCACCGAUCCCGACAACCGACCCGUAUACACCACCUAUAAGAUAACUACCGAAGUACUGAGACCCUCGGGAAAAAACGACGAGCCCUUGACUCGUACUCCCAGUCACUAACACCCUUCGAAGUCGGCUCUGCCCAACUUCAAGAAAACCUCCACCGUGAGAAGAAGAUACAAUGACUUCGUCCAGCUCAGAGCGCACAUCGUGCGAGUCGUCUCGAAACGUUCCGGCUGUCUCGCCAUCGCAAAGCUCCCCACCAACGGCAUCAUGGCCAACCUCAAACUAGGCCGAUUCCACCCCCAGUUCAUUGAAGCACGCAAGCGAGGACUCGAAAAGUUCCUGAAUAGCAUAGCAAACCACCCAUGGAUACACAUCGACGAAGGGUUCAGGAGGUUCCUCCAAGAAGAAGACUUCGACUGCAGCACCCUCACCCUCCUCUCAAUAGAGGAGAGGCCCUCGGAAACCUGAACCCACGCCCUCCACGUACCCCACAAAUAAAACACGCGACCCGCACAACGCUAAGUCGCAUCGGCUCCACCAAAGACCGCGCCCUCUACCACCACCAAUACCCCCCCUCGACGCGUCUCCCUCUCCUCUUUCUGUAAUCAUUUUCAUACACACCACCACACACAGCUUCGCGCGCGUGUUCUCGCGAAACUCGCCCCCAACGCAGACCCCACCCGUCAAGAAACGCGACGCUCCUCCCUCCAACGGGCUCGGGCAACUGCGCUGCGGGGCGUCGGCGCUCUCCCGAACCCGUUUUCACCGGGACGCCGUCCGACGCGCUAGCCAAAAAAUUUUCACUCACCCGCGCCACUCGGCUGUGCAGUAAAGCAGGCCAGACCUAAAAUGGACACCCCUUCGCACGCAGCCACGAAACCGCCGCUCGAGUCUGUGAAUAGACCGUUUUUUUUUCUUUUUUUAGAAAUGCGCAUGCCAAAGCAUCGACCAAGAAAGGCGAAAAAAAAAAGCAUAUCUCUCAGCACCCAAAAAGUUUCAGCAUCGCCAUCCUCAAAUAUGUUCUCGAAGCAACCAACCAUCCACCCAGCUAACAACGAACUCACUCGCAAAGACCCAGAAGACAUCCAUGACAGGCAGAGCAAGCUCCACUCCCACAGCUACCCCGACACCCAAGUCGUCGAAAUAAAGGACUGGGAGCGCGUGGAAAUGCUCUACAACUCGCUCAUCACCUCGCGCGGCCGACACCUGCGAGUCAAGUGGAUCGACUACAUGUACGACGAAAUGAUGCGUCAAAACCUGCACAUAGAGGAUGAGGGAAGGAAAAUGCUCCCAAUACUAGAGCUGUCUCUCAAGGAAAACGACAAUCCACGAGUAGUCGAAGUAAUUUUGUACUGCUACUUGUCCAUGCUUGGGAAGUCUAACUACCUCUAUGACUCGUUGACAAACAUCUUCAUAGACAUCGCGCUGAACCGCCUCGAAUACUUGCCUCACCUGCUGGUCUCCAUGGCCUGCUACCAAGACAACAAGAGCAUCGAAUUCAUGCUGUCAAAGUACAUCAACCCCACCAUGGACGCCAUAUACGCCUCGCUGAGCUUUGACGAAGAGCUUCCGGAAGAAAACAAUGCCGACGACGAAGAGACCACCAACAAAACACGCGAAUCGCCUGAGGGAAAAGUCAACGAUACAAAACUGCUAAAAAUGAUCAACUUAAUGGAAGCUUGGCAGUUCUGCAUCACCUUCUGCGAACUGGAAAACAUACCGAACUAUAUAACACUCGCCUUCCCCACCUUCGUCGAACUCCUUGACUACCCGACUCCCAGUGUCCGCUGCGUCUCCGCCUCGUGCGUCGCGUCCAUCGCCGAAAUGCGACGCUACAAGCCAAUUCGGCCCGACAUUGAUCUAGAAGAUGCCUUAAAAAAGAUGAAGAAUGUGUUCUUCUCCUCCCAAGCAAUCUGGGACGACAAGUCUAAGGAAUCCAUGAAACGACUGAUCGAUUUCCUCGAAGAAAAGAUCUACCUUGUUGUCGUCUCCUUCAUCUCUCUUCUCCCCGCGAGCAAGACCGUGACAUCCAGGAAAACUGCCGCCAACAGAAACAAAAAAGGCUACCCCCUCACCGGGUACAGUGAGGCGUUCGUUCUAGAGUACAUUCACCGGUGCCUCAAGCACACCUUCUCCCUAUUCUGGGACCUAAACUGCAUGGGUAUCGAUGGGGACUUCACGAACGUCAUCCUUUCCAUCAUCGCCAGACAUCCCGCCUACGCCAGCUUCCACGAAUACAUCGACGGCUCCAGGGAAUACACCGGAAGGCACGAGUACUUCCUCGGCAAGGAACCACAGAAGAAAUUGCAGGAAAGAAACUACAACAGAAGAGCCGGGCUGCAAGACGACGACGACGAAUGAACGUAUAACGUGGAAUGAACGUAUAUAACGUGUUUUGUCCAUAAAAACUCUGUCUAUCGCCACUUCGCAAAUGCAAACCUUCUCUCCUCGGGAAGGAGAAGUCCCCUCCUCGAAAUCCACUCGCCUCGCGACGCCGUCUUACACCGUCGCGCGCCAUCCGAGGUAACGCGUGAGCGUCUGACGGCCUCCUCCAUAAAACCGGUACAAUUUUUUUGAUCGGUGCACUUUUUGUGCAAAACUGUCACGUAUUUACUCGAAGUUUGAGAACGCGGGCAUCUCGCUCUCCACGGCCUGAAUCGCCGACUCCAUGAUUUGCCGGCCCUUCGAGGCGUUGUAGCUAAAUUUGCUCAAUAAUACGUUCUCGAUGAUCGAGGCGACGCCGCUGACCGCCGACUCAAAUUUCGCUGUUUGAUGCAAAUUCGUCCUGUGACGCACACGUCGCACAAAAAAAAUCGUUAGACAGAUCUGAGACUUAGAGCAGUGCGCGCAUGAAUCCCUCCUCGGCUACGCACCAAUUAGGAUUCUCGGCAUUCGGCGUGUAAAUGCACGUCUCUUCUGUCUUCACGACUUUAUCAAAAGUCACGUUGCGCGCCUUGAGAACCAUUUUCUUGUUGAUAGGGUCAACUGAACCUCUUGUGUCAGUGAUGAAAAAAUCACCCCACCGGCCGCGGCUACUAGUCCCUUCGUGCACGACGCACCUCUGGCCUCCUCCACAAAGAUUAUCGGCGUUUGCUUGAACAGCUGAAGAGCACUUCGCGUUAGAGACAUGUACACACACAUCUAGGGCCAGAAAAAAAAGCCCCGUCGAUUCCGGCCGACGUACGGGGCGAACCCAAAUUGGAACCGCGCUCUCAUAGACCAAGACCCUGGUCGUAGUGAGGCAGCCGGUAACAGGAUCAAUUUCCUUGUUCACCAGAUCCACGCUGAGUAUUUCAGGACACUUUGGAUUGGGAUACUUUUUCCAGCUAGCGAGGAACACGUCUCGCCAGUGAUGUCUGCGAAAGGAACGGGACGGGACAUGUUAGUGAGGUUCCUCACUGUCUAGAGCGACAGACGGGUCUAAUUCAGAGGCGCAUCAGUUGAGGACGGAAAUGCAAAUGCUCGAGAAAAAAGUAAUGGUCGACGACUUCGAAAAGUAAAUUCGGCUGCUGCCGACAUACUUGAAAACGUGUGUGAUCUCUACAGAGUUGGACAUAGGGUCAAUGAUACUUCUGUAUCAAAAAAAAAAACUCACCAGGUGCAUGAAGAUAUAAAAAAAUAAAUUGUGCGAGAUUCGUGAUGCGAACGUGAGAGGAGGCCAUCGCCACGCUCUUCUGAGGAGUCCAACAUGCAAAGAAAAAGACCUGGCGUCUUCUUAUGGUCUGUUUA